AUGAAUGUUUCAUUUAAACAUCAUGAUGUUGAAUUUCCUACUCAAAAUGAUGUAUUGUUGCGAGGUUGGCUGUAUGAACCGAUUCGAGAAGUUGAAAAUCAAAAUCUUUAUCCAGGAAUUGUGAUGUCACCUUAUUAUGGAAGUGUGAAAGAACUCUUUUUGGAUUUAUAUGCAGAAUAUAUUACGAAAUUCAAUUUUGUUGUACUUCUUUAUGAUAAUCAGAAUUUUGGCGAUAGCGAAGUUGAUCCUGAACGUAUUGGUAUUUGGGGUACAAGUUACAGUGGUGGUCACGUGUUAGUUGUCAGUGCAAUCGACAAGCGUAUCAAUUGUGUUGUUUCACAAAUGCCAUCUAUCAAUGGAAAACAGAAUUUACGCAGAAAGCACAAGAAUGAUGAGGCAUAUCAGAAAUUAUUAAAUGCUUUCGAACGUGAUAGAAAACAAAUAGCAGAAGGAGGUACUCCGAGAAUGAUACCGAUACUUCAACCUGCACUGCAACCAGAUUGGUGGGAAUUUUUUGAUGUAAAUAAAGCUUUGGAUGAAGAUAAAUGGCGUUAUAAAAAUUGGAAAAAUGAACAAACAUUACGCAGUUUAGAAAUGUAUGGUGAAUAUAAUCCAGAAGAAUAUAUUGAACAAGUUUCGCCAUGUCCAUUACUAAUGAUUGUUGCUGAGAAUGAUACAGUAACGUUUACGGAAGAUGAAAUUGAGCUGUUUGAGAAAAAAGUCCGUGAACCAAAAAAACUAGUUAAAUUUAACGGUGAUCAUUUUUUAGCUUACAAAGGACAACCAUUUGAAAUUACAGCAAAAGCAGCAAGUGAGUGGUUCACGAAAUACUUACAAACAUAG